CUGGCCGCCACCAGGAUGAGAGCUCUGAUUUUAGCGGUAGCAGUGGUGUGUUGUGCCGCUAGACCCACGAAGCGAGAAACGCGAACGGAUUACGCUUUCCCGCCGUCACGCGAUCCACCAGUAGUGACGAUUCUCAGGUCUUCCGUCCCUCAGAUCAACGCCCUCACAACCGCUGCCAGCCACGCCCCGCUCAUCAAGGUUACGCCUGCAAUUCAGGAUACCGUUACUGUUUUGGAGGCUGCAGAUCCUGUUGUGGCUGCCGCUCCUGUAGUGGUGGCUGCAGCCCCUGAACCCCUGCUCGCCCCUGAUCCUCCCCUGCCUUCAGUGGGCAAACCUUUCGUGGGAGGUCAGUUCCACGCCCAGGAUGAAGCUGGACAGUACUCCUUCGCUCACUGGGGCGGCCCAAGCACCAGGGUGGAGACCCGAGAUUUCCUGGGGCGUACCUACGGCAGCUUCGCCUACGUCAACCCCGACGGAGACGUCGAAGUGAGAAAAUACGGUGCUUCACCAGCAACGGGAUUUAGAGUAGCAGCUUCAGACUUGCCCGUGGACACCCCCAAAGUGGCUCAGUCUGAGAGUUUAGCCUUUAUUGUCUCUGAACCUGACGCCACCUUGAAGGCAAACCCCGUCCAGGAUGCUGCUACUAUCCAGGAUGCUGUUCCUAUCAAAGUCUCCGCUCCUGACCCUGUUGCCACUGUAUUCCAUAAGACAAAGACGACUCUUCCAGUUCAGUAUGGUCUCACAGCUUCUGUUGCUACAGAAAGUCAUUCUGUUGAGCUGACUCCUUCAGUCCAAUAUACUGAUUUAGCUCCUCUUACCACAGAAGUCCAGACGAUCCGGUUGGCUACUCCGGUCACAUAUGUUGCUCCAGCUCCUGUUAUCACAAAUGUAGAGGUGGAAACUCCAGUAGAAUAUGCUUCCUCCGCUGAUGUUGCCUCAGGGGUAGAAGUAGCUGCACCAGUUGCUGGUGUGGCUCCCGCACCUGUAAUCGUCGCUGCCGCCCCUGAACCCCUGCUGGCCCCUGAUCCUCCCCUGCCCUCAGUGGGCGAGCCCUACGUCGGAGGCCAAUUCCACGCCCAGGACGAAGCAGGACAGUACUCGUUCGGCCACUGGGGCGGCUCCAGCACAAGGGUGGAGACCCGAGAUUUCCUGGGGCGUACCUACGGUAGCUUCGCCUACGUCAACCCCGACGGAGACGUCGAAGUGAGGAAAUACAGUGCUUCACCAGCAACGGGAUUUAGAGUAGCAGCUUCAGACUUGCCCGUGGACACUCCCAAAGUGGCUCAGUCUGAGAAUUUAGUUUUUACGAUCUCGGAACCUGACAUCACCUUGAAAGCCUCAACCUCCGCCCAUGAUAUUGCUUCGACCAGAGCUUCUGCUUCAGUCGCUGUUGUUACACCUGAUACUGCCACAACAGAUGUUGCCACAGAAGUAAAAACGGUUCAGGUUCUUACUCCAGUCCAGUAUGCGUCUACCCAGAUCUACGUUCCAGAAGAAGCUGCCAUUAAGAUCCAGACUGUUACUCCAAUUCAGUAUAUAGACCAAGGAGAGAAGGUGGCUUAUCCAGUAGAGUCUGGUGCCUCAUCUACCGUAGCGGCUAAAUUACAGUUGGUCACUCCAGUAGAAUCUGCAAACGUAGCUGUUGUUGCCACGGAGAACGAGGUGGACACACCAGUUGCUGUUGCAUCUCCCGCCCCUGGAUUGGUGGCUACUCCAGUCCAACAUUCUGCGCCAGCUGUUGUUGUGGCUCCCGCUCCUGUAGUGGUGGCUGCAGCCCCUGAACCCCUGCUCGCCCCUGAUCCUCCCCUGCCUUCAGUGGGCAAACCUUUCGUGGGAGGUCAGUUCCACGCCCAGGAUGAAGCUGGACAGUACUCCUUCGCUCACUGGGGCGGCCCAAGCACCAGGGUGGAGACCCGAGAUUUCCUGGGGCGUACCUACGGCAGCUUCGCCUACGUCAACCCCGACGGAGACGUCGAAGUGAGAAAAUACGGUGCUUCACCAGCAGCGGGAUUUAGAGUAGCAGCUUCAGACUUGCCCGUGGCCACCCCCAAAGUGGCUCAGUCUGAGAGUUUAGCCUUUAUUGUCUCUGAACCUGACGCCACCUUGAAGGCAAACCCCGUUCAGAAUGCUGCUACUAUCCAGGUUGCUGUUCCUAUCAAAGUCUCCGCUCCAGACCCUGUUGCCACUGUAUUCCAUAAGACAAAGACGACUCUUCCAGUUCAGUAUGGUGUCGCAACUUCUGUUGCUACAGAAAGUCAUUCUGUUGAGCUGACUCCUUCAGUCCAAUAUACUGAUUUAGCUCCUCUUACUACAGAAGUCCAGAGGGUCCGGUUGGCUACUCCGGUCACAUAUGUUGCUCCAGCUCCUGUUACCACAAAUGUAGAGGUGGAAACUCCAGUAGAAUAUGCUUCCUCCGCUGAUGUUGCCUCAGGGGUAGAAGUAGCUGCACCAGUUGCUGUUGUGGCUCCCGCACCUGUAAUCGUCGCUGCCGCCCCUGAACCCCUGCUGGCCCCUGAUCCUCCCCUGCCCUCAGUGGGCGAGCCCUACGUCGGAGGCCAAUUCCACGCCCAGGACGAAGCAGGACAGUACUCGUUCGGCCACUGGGGCGGCUCCAGCACAAGGGUGGAGACCCGAGAUUUCCUGGGGCGUACCUACGGUAGCUUCGCCUACGUCAACCCCGACGGCGACGUCGAAGUGAGGAAAUACAGUGCUUCACCAGCAACGGGAUUUAGAGUAGCAGCUUCAGACUUGCCCACGGACACUCCCAAAGUGGCUCAAUCUGAGAAUUUAGUCUUUACGAUCUCUGAACCUGACGUCACCUUGAAAGCCUCAACCUCCGCCCAUGAUAUUGCUUCUACCAGAGCUUCUGCUUCAGUCGCUCUUGUUACACCUGAUACUGCCACAACAGAUGUUGCCACAGAAGUAAAAACGGUUCAGGUUCUUACUCCAGUCCAGUAUGCGUCUACCCAGAUCUUCGUUCCAGAAGAAGCUGCCAUUAAGAUCCAGACUGUUACUCCAGUUCAGUAUAUAGACCAAGGAGAGAAGGUGGCUUAUCCAGUAGAGUCUGGUGCCUCAUCUACCGUAGCGGCUAAAUUACAGUUAUUCACUCCAGUAGAAUCUGCAAACGUAGCUGUUGUUGCCACGGAGAACGAGGUGGACACACCAGUUGCUGUUGCAUCUCCCGCCCCUGGAUUGGUGGCUACUCCAGUCCAGCAUUCUGCGCCAGCUGUUGUUGUGGCUCCCGCUCCUGUAGUGGUGGCUGCAGCCCCUGAACCCCUGCUCGCCCCUGAUCCUCCCCUGCCUUCAGUGGGCAAACCUUUCGUGGGAGGUCAGUUCCACGCCCAGGAUGAAGCUGGACAGUACUCCUUCGCUCACUGGGGCGGCCCAAGCACCAGGGUGGAGACCCGAGAUUUCCUGGGGCGUACCUACGGCAGCUUCGCCUACGUCAACCCCGACGGAGACGUCGAAGUGAGAAAAUACGGUGCUUCACCAGCAACGGGAUUUAGAGUAGCAGCUUCAGACUUGCCCGUGGACACCCCCAAAGUGGCUCAGUCUGAGAGUUUAGCCUUUAUUGUCUCUGAACCUGACGCCACCUUGAAGGCAAACCCCGUCCAGGAUGCUGCUACUAUCCAGGAUGCUGUUCCUAUCAAAAUCUCCGCUCCUGACCCUGUUGCCACUGUAUUCCAUAAGACAAAGACGACUCUUCCAGUUCAGUAUGGUCUCGCAGCUUCUGUUGCUACAGAAAGUCAUUCUGUUGAGCUGACUCCUUCAGUCCAAUAUACUGAUUUAGCUCCUCUUACCACAGAAGUCCAGACGAUCCGGUUGGCUACUCCGGUCACAUAUGUUGCUCCAGCUCCUGUUAUCACAAAUGUAGAGGUGGAAAUUCCAGUAGAAUAUGCUUCCUCCGCUGAUGUUGCCUCAGGGGUAGAAGUAGCUGCACCAGUUGCUGGUGUGGCUCCCGCACCUGUAAUCGUCGCUGCCGCCCCUGAACCCCUGCUGGCCCCUGAUCCUCCCCUGCCCUCAGUGGGCGAGCCCUACGUCGGAGGCCAAUUCCACGCCCAGGACGAAGCAGGACAGUACUCGUUCGGCCACUGGGGCGGCUCCAGCACAAGGGUGGAGACCCGAGAUUUCCUGGGGCGUACCUACGGUAGCUUCGCCUACGUCAACCCCGACGGCGACGUCGAAGUGAGGAAAUACAGUGCUUCACCAGCAACGGGAUUUAGAGUAGCAGCUUCAGACUUGCCCACGGACACUCCCAAAGUGGCUCAAUCUGAGAAUUUAGUCUUUACGAUCUCUGAACCUGACGUCACCUUGAAAGCCUCAACCUCCGCCCAUGAUAUUGCUUCUACCAGAGCUUCUGCUUCAGUCACUCUUGUUACACCUGAUACUGCCACAACAGAUGUUGCCACAGAAGUAAAAACGGUUCAGGUUCUUACUCCAGUCCAGUAUGCGUCUACCCAGAUCUUCGUUCCAGAAGAAGCUGCCAUUAAGAUCCAGACUGUUACUCCAGUUCAGUAUAUAGACCAAGGAGAGAAGGUGGCUUAUCCAGUAGAGUCUGGUGCCUCAUCUACCGUAGCGGCUAAAUUACAGUUAUUCACUCCAGUAGAAUCUGCAAACGUAGCUGUUGUUGCCACGGAGGACGAGGUGGACACACCAGUUGCUGUUGCAUCUCCCGCCCCUGGAUUGGUGGCUACUCCAGUCCAACAUUCUGCGCCAGCUGUUGUUGUGGCUCCCGCUCCUGUAGUGGUGGCUGCAGCCCCUGAACCCCUGUUCGCCCCUGAUCCUCCCCUGCCUUCAGUGGGCAAACCUUUCGUGGGAGGUCAGUUCCACGCCCAGGAUGAAGCUGGACAGUACUCCUUCGCUCACUGGGGCGGCCCAAGCACCAGGGUGGAGACCCGAGAUUUCCUGGGGCGUACCUACGGCAGCUUCGCCUACGUCAACCCCGACGGAGACGUCGAAGUGAGGAAAUACGGUGCUUCACCAUCUACAGGAUUUAGAGUAGCAGCUUCAGACUUGCCCGUGGACACCCCCAAAGUGGCUCAGUCUGAGAGUUUAGCCUUUAUUGUCUCUGAACCUGACGUCACCUUGAAGGCAAACCCCGUCCAGGAUGCUGCUACUAUCCAGGAUGCUGUUCCUAUCAAAGUCUCCGCUCCUGACCCUGUUGCCACUGUAUUCCAUAAGACAAAGACGACUCUUCCAGUUCAGUAUGGUCUCGCAGCUUCUGUUGCUACAGAAAGUCAUUCUGUUGAGCCGACUCCUUCAGUCCAAUAUACUGAUUUAGCUCCUCUUACCACAGAAGUCCAGACGAUCCGGUUGGCUACUCCGGUCACAUAUGUUGCUCCAGCUCCUGUUACCACAAAUGUAGAGGUGGAAACUCCAGUAGAAUAUGCUUCCUCCGCUGAUGUUGCCUCAGGGGUAGAAGUAGCUGCACCAGUUGCUGGUGUGGCUCCCGCACCUGUAAUCGUCGCUGCCGCCCCUGAACCCCUGCUGGCCCCUGAUCCUCCCUUGCCCUCAGUGGGCGAGCCCUACGUCGGAGGUCAGUUCCACGCCCAGGACGAAGCAGGACAGUACUCGUUCGGCCAUUGGGGCGGCUCCAGCACAAGGGUGGAGACCCGAGAUUUCCUGGGGCGUACCUACGGUAGCUUCGCCUACGUCAACCCCGACGGAGACGUCGAAGUGAGGAAAUACAGUGCUUCACCAGCAACGGGAUUUAGAGUAGCAGCUUCAGACUUGCCCACGGACACUCCCAAAGUGGCUCAAUCUGAGAAUUUAGUCUUUUCGAUCUCUGAACCUGACGUCACCUUGAAAGCCUCAACCUCCGCCCAUGAUAUUGCUUCUACCAGAGCUUCUGCGUCAGUCGCUCUUGUUACUCCUGAUAUUGCCACAACAGAUGUUGCCACAGAAGUAAAAACGGUUCAGGUUCUUACUCCAGUCCAGUAUGCGUCUACCCAGAUCUACGUUCCAGAAGAAGCUGCCAUUAAGAUCCAGACUGUUACUCCAGUUCAGUAUAUAGACCAAGGAGUGGAGGUGACUUAUCCAGUAGAGUCUGGUGCCUCAUCUACCGUAGCGGCUAAAUUACAGUUAUUCACUCCAGUAGAAUCUGCAAACGUAGCUGUUGUUGCCACGGAGAACGAGGUGGACACACCAGUUGCUGUUGCAUCUCCCGCCCCUGGAUUGGUGGCUACUCCAGUCCAACAUUCUGCGCCAGCUGCUGUUGUGGCUCCCGCUCCUGUAGUGGUGGCUGCAGCCCCUGAACCCCUGUUCGCCCCUGAUCCUCCCCUGCCUUCAGUGGGCAAACCUUUCGUGGGAGGUCAGUUCCACGCCCAGGAUGAAGCUGGACAGUACUCCUUCGCUCACUGGGGCGGCCCAAGCACCAGGGUGGAGACCCGAGAUUUCCUGGGGCGUACCUACGGCAGCUUCGCCUACGUCAACCCCGACGGAGACGUCGAAGUGAGGAAAUACGGUGCUUCACCAUCUACAGGAUUUAGAGUAGCAGCUUCAGACUUGCCCACGGACACUCCCAAAGUGGCUCAAUCUGAGAAUUUAGUCUUUACGAUCUCUGAACCUGACGUCACCUUGAAAGCCUCAACCUCCGCCCAUGAUAUUGCUUCUACCAGAGCUUCUGCUUCAGUCGCUCUUGUUACACCUGAUAUUGCCACAACAGAUGUUGCCACAGAAGUAAAAACGGUUCAGGUUCUUACUCCAGUCCAGUAUGCGUCUAUUUCCACUGCUUAACUAAUUUAACUUAAAAGGCGCUCCUGUAAAUAUGAAGGCAUUAUUUAUCUGCCAGAAACGCUAUGUGUGUUAGUGGCAUUGCAAAAAUGUAAAAAUACAAAUCUUAUGUAAUAUCACCAACCCAUUGUACCUUCUUGUGAAUAAAAUUAUUA